AACUAUACUCGAAGCAAGAUAUUAUAAAACCUUCGUAUUUUUUUUCUAGCCUGGGCUUCAGCUCGAUGGCCUAAUACCCGGGCUUCCUGUGAGCAGAGACCAGCACAGCAGCAAAGAUGAUAAAAAAAAAAAAACAUAUGACCACCAAUUGUGGAUCACUCAUGAACAAAGUUUCCAUACAUCAAUGAGCCCAAAAAGAGGCUUGCAGCCUGUUGAUACCAAUCUUCUUGGACUUGUGACGAAUCUUUAGUUUAAAUCAUGAUGAUAAAAGAGUUUAAGCUAUGGAUUAAGAUCUCCCCUCCGCAAAUCUGUGAUCUUAGCUGCCCACAGAAUUCAGUUCAGAGGAUGCGAUAAGAGAUUGUGGUGGGGUAGGCAACGUGAGGUCCAUAUCUCACCUUUUACACUCUCUGGAUAAGAGUAGAAUCCAGAAAACAGAAUUCCAUUGGACGUCAAUUCCCUGACUUGGCUUUACAUUUCUAUUGCCCAUCACAGCAACUUUCAUUUCUCUCCAAGGAAUUCAUCUUCUUGCUCAGCUUGAUCACCAAAAACCAAGUCCUAGCAAGAAUCAAUGGCAGCAACCAUGGCAACAAUGGCAAUACUCAAUGCCAAGUGCUUGAGCAUCAACUCCAACAAGAAUAUCAGUCCCACCAAGCCAUCAACAAAACCUGUCUCUCUUCUCUCCAUGCAAAACCUCCCAAAAGGCCUAACCAUCUCAAAACCAGCAGAUAACACUGUCCUGACCGGUACUGCUAUUGCCGGUGCUAUCUUCACAACCUUGAGCUCAUGUGAACCUGCUUUUGCUGCGCAACAAAUCGCUGAAAUAGCAGAAGGUGACAACCGUGGUCUAGCGCUCUUGCUACCACUCAUACCAGCCAUAGCUUGGGUGCUUUUCAACAUCCUCCAACCAGCACUUAACCAAAUUAACCGCAUGCGUCAGACCAAAGGGGUGAUCGUUGGGCUUGGACUUGGUGGAUUGGCUGCAUCAGGUUUCAUAUCAACACCACACGCAUCAGCUAGUGAGAUUGCCAUGAUUGCUGAUGCAACAAGUGACAACAGGGGUACUCUUCUGUUGAUUGUCGUUGCUCCUGCUAUUCUAUGGGUGCUCUACAAUAUUCUACAACCGGCUUUGAACCAAAUCAACAAGAUGCGGUCUCAGUAAGAAAUAUAAACAUGUGGGAUUUUGUUAGGGGUGUGAUUAGCAUAAAUUUACUUGUAAUUGCACCUUGUGUUAAUGGAACUUUCUUUCUUUUGAA